UCGAAAUGCGCGUCUCACUCUCCCUUUGUGAGGUUAUGUCGGGCAUCAGCUGUCACGCGAAGUGGGGAUUCCGGAGAGCAGCUCGCGAAGAUUUCACUUGUGCCACUUUCGAGUAAACAUCCCACUCCCAGUUUUCGCGAGAGAUCUCACAGUUCCACGUCAGUGCCGCGCCCCAGCAUCCUUGUGUGCCCUUUUCCCUGCGCAGAGAUCGUCACGAGGAUGUCCCUGAGUCGUCUGUGGUCCGUGCAGAGGGGCCUCCGCGCCGUGGCCACGCAGCAGCGCUCCGCGGCCAGAUGGUUGCGCACCAGUGCCUCGCUGCCAGACAAGCUGGCCACGAAGAACGUGCAGAAGCACGACUGGAACCGCGCCGUGAGCGAGGCGGAGAAGAUCGUGGGCUAUCCCACGUCCUUCCUCAGCCUGCGCUGGCUCCUGAGCGACGAGAUCGCUAAUGUGGCCCUGCACCUCCGGAAGCUCGUUGGCAGCAACCAUCCCCUCCUGAAGACGGCCAAGAAUCUGCUGUACAACGGCAAGAACAACAUGCAGGCCUGGGGCCUCAUUGUCCUGCUGGUGUCCAAGGCCGCCGGCCACGCCGAGAGCAUCCCCGACAUGGAGCAGGACAAGUCCGCCGGCGUGCUGCACUCGCAGCGCGGCCUGGCCGAGGUCACGGAGAUGAUCCGCAUCUCGCACCUCGUGCACCAGGGCCUCGUGAAUCUGCAGCCGCUCACGGCGGCCGGCGGCGACCUGUCCGCCACGCACGGCGACAUGACGUUCGGCAACAAGAUCGCGCUGCUCAGCGGCGACUACCUGCUGUCCAACUCCUGCUCUGAGCUCGCCAGCCUCAGGAAUCAGGAAGUGAUUGAACUCAUUUCGUCGGCUGUGCGCGAUCUGGCCGAGUCGGAGUUCAUCGGCGAGCGCGACCAGCAGAACAAGCCGCUGCCGUCGAAGCCACGCGAGCUGCGCGCACGCGCCGCCGAGGCUUCGGAUGACUUUGAUUUCAACGACGUGGCGCUGCCGCUGGACACGGACGAGGCGAUCGGCGAUCCGGAGCGCGAGUGGGCCGUGCGGCACAUCCUGAGCGCCGGGAGUCUCCUGGGCAAGAGUUGCCAGGGUGCCCUGAAGCUCGCCGGCCAGCCGAAGGAGCUCCAGCACCAGGGCUAUCUCUUCGGGAAGCACCUGGCGCUCGCCUGGCAAGCCUGCCUCGACCUGGAACCCUUCCAGACGUCCACGCUGCCACUGGGAACCACUUUCAGCCUGGUGUCAGCGCCCGUUCUCUUCCACUUGGAGCUGGAUCCAAGUCUGUACGAGGAGAUCCUGAAGGGCAGGGAGAAUGUGGAGGCUAUCGACUAUGCCAAAGUCCAUGCGGCCGUGAUCAAGGGUCCGGGCCUGGACAGGACGCGUGAUCUGCAGCGCAAGCACAGUCUGGCGGCGCUCAAGGUGCUGGACGAGCUGCCCUCGUCGGACGCCCGGACGGCGCUACAGAACAUCAUCCUCGCCAUGCAGGACUUGUAGCAUUGACAGUCCCUGUGGAACCUCAGUCCGUCCAAAUUGUGAGGUCGAGAGAACCUCCUCCAGUCGAAUAGGAACUUAGAUAAAUCUAGGGUGAACGGUGCUCUUCAAUUCUUCCCCUCUUUUGAGUAUUUAUAGAGGACUUGAGACAAGUUAUCUUUGUUAGAUGAAUAAUGUUGUUGAGAUAAAUUUUUACUCAUU